AUGUUGAAAGUGCUAAUAGGUUUAUAUUUCCUAAUUUUUUCAAUAAAUAAUAUUUUAAUUGUAAAUGUUCAUAGCUCUGAUAUGGAAUUAAUAUUUUAAAUAAGUCACAUAACUGCUGUUUAUUUGAAUUUAUUCUAUUUAUAGAUUUACAAUAGAAAGGAUCGAAUAAAAUUGUCAGUCUUAUACACAAUAUUGAUUUUAAUAAAUCUUGUAUUUAAUGAAUAUAUUCUGGAUAUAAUUCUCUUCUCAAUAUGCAUAGUAAUAUCAAGUUUCAUCAUUCAAGAAAAGGAAUUAAAGGUAUUAGCUGAAAAUUAUUAAUGCUUUUCACAAUUUGAAUCGAAAAAUGCAAAACAAACAUAGAUCUUAUAAUAUUUAUUACCACAACACAUAAUAGGUAGGUUUUUUUCAACAGAUAUUACUACAACAGACAAUUUCACUGAUGUGUUUCAAAAUUGCACUAUUCUGUUUGCUGAUAUUGCUGGCUUUACAAAAUACUCAAGUUCAGUAGAACCAGAAUAAGUAGUAAAUAUGCUUAGAAUAUUAUUCCAAUAAUUUGAUGAGGCUUGCUAAAAAUUUUAAGUCUACAAAUUAUACACAAUUGGUGAUUGUUAUGUUUGUAUGGGUAUUAUAGAUGCUAAUAACAGAGAUCCUGUUGGUGAAGCAAUAAAUAUGGUGCUUUUUGGAUUGAAAAUGAUACAAAUAAUUUAAUAGAUAAAUAAAGAUCCUCAGUUUUAACAUUUGAACAUGCGUAUUGGAGCGCAUACAGGAAGAGUAAUAGGAGGUGUUGUAGGAACAGAUGUUGUUAGAUAUGAUAUUUAUGGAGAAGAUGUUACAACAGCCAAUAAAAUGGAAUCGAAAGGACAAGAAGGUAAAAUAAUGGUAAGUUAAGCUACAAAGGAUUUGAUAGAAAGUGAUGAAGAAUCUAUUGGCAUUUUUGAUUUUGAAUUUGCUUAAGAAGUCUUUUUGUCUUAAAACAAUACUACAAUAUCUACUUAUUAUGUACACUUUGAUUAAAUUGGUGAUGAUUAAUGA